UCGUUUCCCCUUUGCCACGUGCUAUGUUGCAUCCUUCUCAUGCUGACAAUAAAAGAAGCACCCAUAUAUUUUUCGGGAAGCUUCAACACACCGACUCAAGACAGUUCAUGAUGGUAGACCUGUUUGUCGAUCGGGUCCUGGUGAAGAACAACAGGGACCAGGAUGAGCUGGACACUGAACAUGAGAUUGCCAUUCGCCUACAGAACCGCAUCCUGAUGCUCUACUUUGCUUCUGCUGUAUGUGACCGAUGUCGAGAAUUUGCGCCCAAACUCAGUGACUUCUUCACACGCUUGACGGAUGAGUUCUAUGUGGAUCGCUCUGCUCAGCUGGUCCUCCUGUACAUCAGUUUGGACCAAUCGGAAAAAUAUCAAUUCGACGUUCUCAAACAGUUGCCCAAAAAGUGCCUGUUCCUCACUUAUGGGGACCCCUACAGGAGGGAGCUGGAGGACAUGUUUAACAUCAAAGAGCUUCCCACAGUGGUGGUCUUGCGUCCCGACUGCUCGGUCCUCACCCCAAACGCAGUAGAUGAGAUCAUCCUCCUCGGUCCGGAGUGCUACCGCAACUGGAAGGAAGCGGCGGAGCUCAUUGACAGGAACUUCAUGAUCAGUGAGGACUUUCAGGAGACGUCCAUGCGCAGUUUCACCGAUCCUUUGAGAAGACUCAAGUACAAGGUGGAGAAUGAGAAGAAAAGGAAUGAGACAAAAGGAUGGGGUGGAGAUGUGGGGGAUCAUGCAGAGGUGGAUCAAAAAGGAGACAGCUCACUAUGGUGAUAAGGACAGUAGCAACAAAACGAUGAUGAUGUUGCCACUUUAACCAAUAUGGAUUUGUCACAUUGUUUUGAUUUAAGUGGGAUUACAGCCACCCCCGCCGCCCAAAAAUCCGUGUAUCAUCCAAAAUUGGACAAUAACUUGUCUGUA